GCGAACGCAUUCACUUGUUUCUCGAAUACCACGUGCUUCAGGUGUUUUGCCGGUUUAUGGUAGUGUUGGUGCAUUGAACCAUCAGCGGCCGAGGAUUCCGCGAUUCGCCUUUUUCGCGCGGAGUGAUCGAUUUUCCGGGAGAUUUCCAGCCGCCCUUUGGAAAAUUCGGAAAAGCGGUGUUCGGUACGAUGGGAAGAUUCGGGUGACUUUCAAAUGAAGCGAAGAAAAUGAAUGGGUUGAGCUUCACGGUGUUGGUGAUAGCUGCCUUGCACUCGGUUUUGGGAUGCCAGUUCUAUCCGCCCGGAGAGUACCUCAGGUUCGUGCGAGUACCGGAGAAUUUGAGGGUCGGCGAGGAGGUGCUGAAGGUGGAGGUGCAUCCGAGGAAUAACUUGAGCUUGAGGCCCGUAGAUAAGGAUGAAGAUGUCCAUUACUUCACCUACCGAGAUCUUAAUCGGACGACCGUUUCCCUUCUCCUUGCGCGUUCCCUGGAGGACCUUGUAGAUGCCGAUAAUCCGAGGAACGUUCUGAAAUUCAAAGUGUCUUGCGAUCACGAUGAUGGAGAGGAUAUUAUUACGUCCUCUUUGUCGGUUACGGUGUACGUGGAGGACGUCAACGACCAUGCGCCCGUUUUCGUCGGGUCGCCCUAUCACGUGACGGUGGACGAACUCACCCCUGUCGGUUUGACCAUAUUCCGCGGAAUCCGCGCUCUUGACCGCGACAAACCUAACACGCCCAACUCGGACGUCCAGUAUACCAUCAUCUCCGGUAACGAGCGCGGCAAGUUCUCCUUGGACAGCACCCAUCAAGCCUUCCUCGUCCUCAAAAGACCAUUGGACUUUGACACAGGCGACCGCGAGUUUCUCCUCACCAUUUCUGCGUCGGACCGUGGUUUGCCGCCGAGGAGCACCAACACGACCGUGCGAAUUUCGGUCAGCGAUAAUGAUGAUCUUAGUCCGAAAUUUACGAAGGGGGUGUACAGGACGAGGAUUAACGAGUUCUAUCCCGUUACGGGCGAGAGAAUCCACAAGCUGCUGACCUUCGACCCCCCGAUCCACGCCUUCGAUCAAGACGUCGCCAUCGAUGCCCCCAUACGGUACGACAUCAUCGCAGGUAAUGAGCGUCACAUCUUUUCGCUGGAUCACGUCAACGGCUCGCUGUUCCUCGAACGCGAGAUUGACCUCGACGCCGAAAGGUCCUUACCCGGAAACACUUUCGUCUUGCAAAUUCAGGCCUCGCAGGUUGACAAUCCGGUGAAGACGGGCGUGGCGAGAGUGGAAGUGGAGAUAAUGGACCUGAAUGAUAACCUGCCGGAAUUCGAGGUGGACUUUUACAAUAUAAGCAUCGUGGAGAAUCUUCCGAAUGGGUUCAGCGUGCUGCAGAUCAUCGCCGUGGACCAGGACCAGGGGGACAACGCGGAGUUCUCGUAUCAGUUGGAGGACAACAGUGGGGCGUUCACGCUGGACGCGCGGACCGGCUGGCUGACGGUUAGGGACCAGAGCGUGUUGGACCGGGAGAAACGAUCAACCCUCACCAUGAGGGUCUACGCAAAAGAGAAAGUACCAAGCGUCGUUACGGACAAACUAGGAGCAUCUGCAGUCACCAUCGAAAUAACAUUGUUGGAUGCCAACGAUAACAACCCGACUUUCAUCCCUAAUAACCUGUACAACUACGUGACCAACAACGGCCUUAAAGUGGGUGAUCUUGUUGGCCAAAUCCAUGCCAUCGAUCCCGACCUGGACCGAAACGGCAUGGUGGUGUACUCCAUCCAGAAAGCCCCAAAUAACUCAGUCCCUUUCAAAAUCGACCCCAAAACCGGGAAAAUCAGUGUCAAUCAGGAGCACGUUCCCCCAGGAAGACACCUUUUGUUCGUGGAAGCGUCCGACCAACCGUUGAAUCCGAGCGAGAGAAGGUCUGCCUUAGCGGUGGUGUCCAUCGAGAUCCAGACCCAACCAGGCAGAGGUACCAACAAAGGUGUGCCCGACUUCGUGGGUGCCCCGUACGAAUUUUGGGUCGGCGGCAAUGUCGACAUCGGUACCAGCGUAGGUCAAAUCCGCAUCACCGACGUCCCUGAUCGUCGUACCAUCGUCUACGACCUGCUCCACAGCUACCACGAAGGAGUACCCUUCGCCGUGGAGGAGCGCUCAGGUACCAUCACCGUGGUCGACGACCUCGACAACUACGAUCGUCAGAACUACGACUUCGAGGCAGUGGUGACCAAUGAACGAGAUAUGUCGCUAGUGACCAACGUCACUAUUCAUGUCGUCGACCCCAAAGACGAGAAGACCAUCCUCAUGCGGACCGCCACCACCCCGAUCGAGUUCCACGUCCGCGAGAACAAGGGCAACCUUCUGAUUGGUCGGUUGGGUUUCCAGAACGCCUCCUCCUCGGCGCUUGUCUUCUCGAUAGCCAAUCAAAAGGACGUGACCGAGCACAUUGCGAUCACCUCGGAUGGUAGUCUGUACACUGUCAAGCCGCUGGACCGCGAGACAAGGGAUGUCUACAGGCUGACGGUACUCGCUGAAUACAACAAAGGCCCCGUCUCCGGCACCGGCAUCUACCAGGUCACCAUCCACGUCGACGACGACAACGACAACAAGCCGACCUUCGAGCGCACGAAAUACGAGGGCAAGAUUCGCGAGAACUGCGUCUCGGGCACCGAGGUCGACCUGAACUACCUGGUGCACGUGAGCGACAAGGACGCCGGCGCCAACGGCCAGUUCACGGUCACGAUCUUCGGCAACGGGAGCGAGAAGUUCCGUCUGGACAGGAACAGCGGCAAGAUUUUCUUCACGAGUGCGGACUCCAGGUUGGACCGGGAGGAGACGAGCGUGUUCAAUUUGCGGCUGGUGGCGAAGGACAAAGGGGGGUUGUACGAUGAGGCGAUUUUGGUGAUCAUGGUGGAGGAUGAAAAUGAUAACGCUCCGGUGUUUAUGGAGAUGGUGGUGUUCGAUAACGUGGAGGUGGUGGAGGUGGAUAGGUUGGGGAAUCGGAUUGGGCAUUUCGAGGAGGCGAAGAAUGGGACGAAGGGGACGUACGUGUUGAGGACGAAACGGACCAAGACGAAGAUGGCGCCGCUUUUUAAACUGAAGGAGGAUGCGGGGGUUGGUAGUCCGGUGGUGAAGUUAGUGGCGGAGGAUAGGGAUUUCGGGGACAACGGGGUAGUUAAGUAUGAGAUGGUUUCGGAAACUUAUAUACCGAAUGAGUACUCGGCGGAACCUUUCCACUUGACUCAGUACUUCAUGGUACAUGGUACCAAUGGGGAGAUUUCGGUUGCAAGAAAACUACCACCGGAGUCAGAAUUUCGGUUGAAUAUCUCCGCGAGUGACAAAGGAGGGUUAAGGGACCACGUUUCGGUCCGACUAGUGAUUGAAGAUGUCAACGACCAUGCUCCUGUUUUUGGAAAGUCGUGGUACAACUUCGACGUGGAAGAAUCGUCUUAUUCUAACACGAUUCUAGGGAGGGUUGAAGCCACAGAUUCCGACUUCGGUCCAAACGCCAACAUCACCUACCGGAUCACCGAAAAAGACAAAAAUUUACCGUUCACGGUUUCGCCCCAAGGGGGUGUCUUGGUCAUCAAUGGUCUCCUGGAUCGAGAGACCCAAAACAAGUACACUUUUGUCAUUUCCGCCAAAGACAACCCCAGGAGUUCCCCAAGCUUGAGUAGCUUCGUCAACGUCGAAGUCAACAUUAUAGAUGUCAACGACAAUCCGCCUGCCUUCUAUGGGUACGACGAUGUCAUUGACAACAUCCCCGUUUUUUAUGCUACCGCGUCGGAGAACAUCCCCGUGGGUACCCCCAUCACCAGGAUCUUCGCCAACGACUCUGACUAUCCUGGUAACGGCAACGGUCUCCUCCUUUUCGAUAUCCCAUACAAGAAAAAUGGUCAAAAUUUGUUUACCAUUGAUUCCAAAGAAGGAAUAGUUACUACGAUCGCGAAAUUGGACUAUGAAGCCCAAAGUACCCAUAAUAUAACCAUCGUGGCGUCGGAUUUGGGUUCGCCAAGUCGCACCUCCAGCGCUAUUCUUACCAUCAACGUAGUUGACGUCCCAGAAGACUUCCAAUCAAUGGAGCACCCAGUGUUCGCCCAUCGUUACUACGAAGUCGAAGUCGAAGAAAACGUCCCAGUACCACUACGGGUACUCACCCUGAACGUCACAGAACCCUACCGAACCCACAAGCUCCGUUUCAGUAUAGUCGCUGAAAAAACCAGCGAAGUCCGAAAAAUGUUCAGGAUUGACCCCAGAAAUGGGUCCUUGUUCAUCACCGAGAGUCCCGAUCGGGAGAAAAAAGCCCUCUACGAGUUAAUUAUUCGAUUGGACCAGUACAAAGUCGGGAGGGACAUGACCGUGAUGGUGUACCCCGUAACGAGUGAGCGUCUCGGGAAUCUGGGUUUGAACGAAGUCAAGGUAAUCGUUCGGGUAACCGACGUUAACGACAAUGUGCCUAAAUUUACCAUCACGGGACGACCCAUCGUGGCCGCCAUUCCCACGAACGCCAAUUACGGCUACCAUAUAGUGAGGCUACAAGCGAAGGACCCAGAUUUGGGUCUCAACGGCGAAGUGCGCUACCAGAUCUUGGGGCGCGCUGAUGAAGCUUCUAAGCGAUUCACCGUGGACCCGAUCACCGGUCAGGUUCGGGCCAUCGCGAACUUCAUACGGGACGCAGGGAAAGUGUACGGGUUUGAUGUGAAGGCGACGGAUCGGAGAGGGGCCGAUGAUGGAAAAUCGUCGAUAGCGAAUGUUUUUGUGUACGUUUUGGACGACCAGAAGCAGCUGGUGAUGGUGAUGGGGUUGAAGCCCACGGAAGUCGAAAAGAGUAUGGACAAUAUCACCACGAUUUUGUACAAUACGACGGGAUUUGAUAUUCGGAUUCGGAAAUUGGAGCCCCAUUCCGAGCGUAACCAGGUGGAUAACAGCGCCACGGAUAUGUACUUGUACGCUGUGGAUCCCCUUCUCAACGUCGUGGUUGAUAUGGAGCACCUCCAAAGAGUCCUCCAGCUCAAACACUCCGAAAUCGAAGCCCAACUUUCCGGCCCCAAGGUCCUCGCCGUGGCUAGCGGCAUCACCGAGAACUUCCGCGCCAAACGCCAGCGCGUCAUCCUCUCCUCCCUCGAGAUCGGAGUCGUCAUCCUCGGCUGCGUCAUCUUCAUAGGCGCCCUCGCUACCGCCCUCUGCGUCCUGUGCGCCCGACGGAGAAAGCGAAGGCUCCUCCAGAAGAGUUUCGCGCAGCCACUAGGUUACACCAUAGGCACUCUAGGCAAGCCCACUCUCUUUCCGGCCGCGCUAACCGAAGGCCUCCACUACGACGGCGGCCACGACGUGGUGCACCACCACCACGACAGGAAUUGCCCCAGGGGCGCCAGCCGCCGGCACACCUUCAGGGAGAGGUCCAGGAGUUCCGGGUGCAUAGAGAAGUCGAUCACGUCGCUGCACUCCAGUGGCCAGGACUCGGGGAUCGUGGACGCCGCCGUCCACUGCCAGUGCGGGAUAUCGAGCUCGCACUCGUCGGAGGAAAGCAGCAAUUAUGAGGACUCUCUUCAGUCCGUGCCGCAGAGAAAGUCCCGGUCGGCCUCCAUCCGUCAAGUCGAGCUCAGUUCGACGAGGAAUUCGCACCAGAGGAGGUCGCGGAAUCGCUCCAUCAGCGAAGAUAUAGUCCAAGGGGGCGCCCUACACAGGAUGAGGUCUCUGGGGCACAUACCAGCGCCCCCACCCAUGAUGGUUUCAGGGCCUUCCACUUUGCGGCGCUCCUCAGAUAGAUUAAUCGUAGGUUAAGAGCUAUGUAUCGUAUUUUUGCUAAGAAUGAUAAGUUACCAACAGUUGUUGUAAAUAUUGUGUCUAUCGACAGCUACUCGUACCGUGACUAAUAAUAUUUAAAAGUAUUUAUUUAAGAUGGCCUACUGUGCAAUAUGGAUGUAUAUAGUGUUGUAACUAAUGUAUUGUAAAUAUUUGUAUAUGACGUAAGCUGGAUAUUUUUGUAAAUGUAGCCAAUAUUGGAAUAAAAUUUGAAAGACGGCGGUUUGGUUCGAAUUAGGCAACCCAAAAUGCAUAUGC